AUGGGCCUUGAUUGUGGCCCCAAGUCCAUCGAGCUGAAUGCCAAGGCUGUGGCAGAGUCCAAGACCAUCAUCUGGAACGGCCCGAUGGGCGUGUUCGAGAUGUCCAAGUUCGAGAUCGGCACCAAGAAGCUCAUGGACGCCGUGGUCGAGGCGACGGGUGCAGGCGUCAUCACUGCCACCCGGCUGAGCUAA